AUGUCGCAAAGCACGCAAGCGAAGGAACAAGUCGCGGCGUUGAUUGCCUCGAUGUUUAGUGGGGAUGAUGCGUUGAUCACUCGGCUUCAGACGGCCAUUGAGACUCAAGAAAAUAUCAUUUAUGCUAUUGAAUUUGUUAUUGGACAAGGCGGUCUAAACUUGGAUCAUGUCAAAUCACUUCAAUGGGUGAGGGAGAUCUUUCAUGCAGCGCAAGAGGACGAGCUGCUGGCAUCUUACUUCCUGCAACGAUAUCCACUUCCUGGCAGCCUCAGCAAAGUCGCAACCGAAAAUUACCAUCUAAAAGAUUUACCUUGCAUCAACAAGGAUACCCUCGUGCACUUCAGAGCCCAUCUUAUGUUGAAGGAACCACUGGCUGUGCUGCUUGCCUCCAUUAAGGCGAAUGAAAUCCUAUUCGAUAAGCCCUGGAACGACAUUAUUGGUUUUGCUCUAGAAUGGGCCAUCAACAAUGAGGUAUCGAUCGGUUCGGAUGUGUUCAAGAAAAAAAUCACUUCCAAGGAAUUCUUCGACUCUGUUGACGGAGGCCGCUAA